AUGUGGUCCGACUCCAUUCAACCAACCCCCAACGCAGCUACGCCUCCCCCAUUGGUUGUCAACAAUGCUCCGGCAACCACCCCAUCACCUCCCCUAAUCACUUAUUCACGCCGUACAAGGCCUACCCUUCAACAACCGCCUUCCACAACAACAACCCCUUCUGGUUCGAACCCCCUACCAAUCACCUCACAAACACCUUCUGUUCCUCCUACUCGUACCAUCCACACCAGAAGUAUGUCUGGCAUUUCGAAACCCAAACAACACUACAACCUCCAUACUUCUACCUCUAUCUCCCCUAUCCCUCGAAACCCAAUAGAAGCACUUAAAAACCCGGAUUGGAAUAAAGCGAUGACAGACGAGUUUCAGGCCCUUAUUGAUAAUAAAACGUGGGAGUUAGUCCCGAAACAUAACAAUAUGAAUAUAGUGCGUAGUAUGUGGAUUUAUCGUCAUAAAACUAAGUCUGAUGGUUCUUUAGAGCGAUACAAAGCUCGUUUGGUUUGUGAUGGCAGGUCUCAAAAAGCAGGUAUCGACUGUGGUGACACUUUCAGCCCCGUGGUAAAGCCGGCGACAAUUCGGACUGUUUUGUCCCUAGCUCUUUCUAAUGAGUGGCAAAUUCACCAACUCGACGUGAAAAACGCGUUUCUACACGGACAUCUACAUGAAACGGUUUACAUGCAUCAACCCCCCGGCUUUCGUAAUCAUUUGUAUCCAAAUCAUGUAUGCAUGCUUAAAAAGUCUCUCUACGGACUUAAACAAGCACCACGAGCUUGGUACCAAAGAUUUGCUGACUACGUAUUCACUAUGGGGUUCAAACAUAGCAAAUGUGACCAUUCACUAUUCGUAUACAAAAAGGGAACCCAUACGGCCUUCCUCCUUCUAUAUGUAGACGACAUCUUACUCAUCACCUCCUCACCCGGAUUACAUCAUAAGUUUAUGGUUUUAUUAGCAAAAGAGUUUGCCAUGAAAGAUCUUGGACCCCUAAGCUACUUUCUUGGAAUUUCGGUGUCUCGUUAUAAAGAUUCAAUUUUUUUGUCACAACAAAAGUACGCCACCGAAAUUUUGGAACGAGCAGGCAUGACCUCAUGUCACCCAACUUCCACACCAGUUGACAGUAAGGCCAAAUUAAGCAGCACCGAUGGAACUCUUUUGCCUGACGGGGGAAUACAAUAUCGCCAGCUGGCAGGGGCUCUCCAAUAUUUGACCUUCACACGGCCAGACAUAAGCUACGCAGUUCAACAAGUACUCUUGCUCACGGGUUGCAUCUUCACUAAUCACCUUCUAGGAAACUUAUUGCCUAUACCGAUGCCGAUUGGGCAGGUUGCCCGGACACGAGACGCUCAACUUCUGAUUACCUCCCUUGUAGACUUACGCCUUGUAAACUGUUUGCUUCGAAAUAACACUGCCAAAUCUUUCUUUCGCUCCAUCACCAACUUAUCCGAUUCUUUUUCAGUUCUUAAUAUCAAUUCUAACGAUCUUCCAAACUCGAUGAUAUAUCCAUGGUUAUUUAACUUUAGUAGCAGCCUUACUUACAUCGAUCUAUCCAACAACAAGCUAGUUGGUAUCAUUCCUGAAGCAUUUGGUACGUUUAAAAACCUCCAAACCCUAGAUUUGACCAACAACGGCCUCGAAGGUGGUAUUUUGAGCUCCUUUGGGGAGUUGAGCAACUUACGGGAGCUUUCCCUAUAUGCGAACAAUCUCAACCAAGAUCUUUCUAGUUUUUUCGACAACCUUUCUGGCUAUGUAGGGCCACAGAGGUCAUUACAAGUUCUUGAUUUAUCACAAAAUCAAUUAAGCGGUUCUUUGCCUGAUUUUACAACAUUCACAGCUUUGAAAGAAUUCUACCUUUUUGGAAAUCAGUUAAAUGGGUCUUUCCCAAGAAGAUUCGAGAAAAUCUCGAAUCUUUCAAUCCUUGAUUUGGCAGAUAACCAAAUCAAUGGAUUGAUCCCUGAUCUUUCUGCUCUCGCUUCAUUGCGGAGAGUGUAUUUCGAGAGAAACCUCUUACAUGGAACUCUAGCCAAAAGGUUAGAGCCUCUCUCCAUGCUUGAGUCUUUGGGUGCAUCUUCGAAUUUCUUUCAAGGAACAAUAUCUGAAACACAUAUAGCUAAUAUUUCUCGUUUGACAUACCUUGAUUUGUCAAAUAACUCGUUGGCUAUAGAAAUUGGUUCCAAUUGGUCUGCAACUUUUCAACUCGAAACCAUCUCGUUGUCAUCCUGCAAACUCGGGAGUUCUUUCCCGGGAUGGCUAAGAACUCAAACAAACUUCUCUGUGCUUAAUAUAUCUAACGCCGGAAUCAACGAUUUCGUCCCCAGUUGGUUCUGGGAGUCGUUACGUCCAGGAAUUCGUUACUUAAAUCCCUCCUCAAAUCAGAUCCAUGGAAUGAUUCCGGAUUUGGAUUUUAUAUCUGGUAACCAACCUAUAAUUGAUUUGAGCUCAAAUAACUUUUCGGGUAACUUACCUUUGUUUCCUCCUAAUAAGGGGUUCAUUGUUGGCAUUGUGGGUGGUUUUGCCUUUGGAUUUUGGGGUUUUUAUGGGACGUUGGUUCUCAAAGACUCAUGGAGACAUGCAUAUUAUGGAUUUUUGAAUGUGGUGAAGGAUUGGGUUCUUCUAAGACUAGAGUUGAGUUUCGUUAGGCUCAGGAGAAAAACUUCACCUUAA